UACCAACAGGCCCUUGCUAAAGAACGUACAUGUGAACAAGCUUCGCAAUGUAAAUUCGCUGAACUCAAUGAGGAACUAGCCGUGAAUGAAAAAUCUCGUCUUUUCACGGAAGCUGAAAAAUCAAAGGAGGCUGUACUCUCUAAACUCACCAAACUAGAAGCUCGUCAUACUGCCGCCAAGGCCUGUUUUGCGGAAUAUCAAGCUCAAGAUAGUCGAAUUCGCGACGAUUUUCUUCACGCCAAAAAUGCAUGUAGGCGUCUUAAUAAUGCUCUUCGUUCUGAGCAAGUUAAAAUGGAGGAAUUUGAGAAAUUGCCUAGCCAGUCGGAAGAACGUAGAUCAGCGCUUAAAUCUAUAUUGAUGGACUUGGAAAAGAAUAAGACAUUAUUUGACGCUGCAUACCAGACAGCCGUUGAGCAGCUAUCCAUCGAGACAGAGCCUCUGCGUGCACGCAUCGAGAAGGCGGAAAAAGCUCUCACUCCUAUACAACUAGCUGCUGAUGAGGCGCAACGGGCAUCUGCCCUGGACCAGCAAAAACUUCAAUUGGCCACGGCUAGCCAACACCGCGAAGAGGCGCGUGCCUCUCUUGCCAAAUCUGGUGCAUCUAGAGCCCUUGAACGCCUUGCUAGCCUGCGAGCUGAGUUAGCAGCCUCCAAGCAGACUCUAGGUCGCAUUGAUAUCGAUGAUUCCUCAGUAAAAGGGGAUAAAGGAAAAACGGCUCAUUUGAGCACGAGAAGAAGUCUAUCUGAAAUGAUGGCUCAACCUGGCAAUAAGGUAGCUGCUCUAGCUAGUGCAAACCGUGACUUGACUGAAGUCCGUCAGCAGGAGGCGAAACUAACUGAACGUGUAUAUGCGCUGCGCACAAAAGUGGCCGAAGAAAAGUCUCGCCAUAAUGCUUCGAUUGUGUUAGCUUAUAUUAAGGGGUAA